CGUAUUAAGUUUCAGUUCGUUUCAGUUGCUGUGCAAGUCUUGUGUCGUGUUGAUGUCUUGUCGCGUUUUUCAAAUUUGAUACAUAUUUAUAUAUACAAUUGGUGAAGAUACACCGAGGAGGAGAUAAUAAACAAGGGGAAAGAUAGAGAGAGAGAGAGAAAAGUAUUUUUGUACGUACAGAGUUUUGGAAGAUUGUUCGGUCUCGUUUUUUUUUUGUCUGUUUUCUCUUUCCUUUGAUCGAAGAACCCCGGCGCACAAAAAAAGCAAAGAAACUAAAAGGCGAGAUGGCGGAGACGGUGAAAAAGUCCAGAAUCGUAAGUGAGGACGACUUGGAGGAGUCGGUCAUGCAGGAAUUUAACAUGCGCCUAAAAACAUGCAUGAGCAAUGAUAAGCUUAACGAGGAAUUGAAAGAGGUAGAAGAGAAGGAGAAGUUGGUUCAAGAGGAAGAGGAUGAAGAACGGACAGAGCGAACGGCUGUUGUCGUGGAGGAGGUUAUUAAAGAGAAUGGGAAUGUUGAAGGGAAACAGCUUAGUAUGCGAAGUAAGCUGGACUCGAUGGAAGAGUUUUUAAAGUUGGAAAGGGAGUGUUUAAUGCACGAGCAACAAGACUGCAGACCGAUCAAUGAGGAGACGGUGAACAGCGUUGUCGAAGAGGAAUUGCAAGAUGCUGUGGAGGAACAGCAGCAGAAAAGCAUAGUCAUGGAAGAAGUAUUACCAGAGGAGGAGGAGAAGAAGGAGCAGUCACCAGUUGAGAUUGAGCUGCAAAUUCAUGAAGAAAUCAGCGCACAAGAAGAAGUUGAGAACAUUGCUGAAUUGAAAGAGGCGGAUGAAAAAGAAGAUGCUGCGGAGAUUUGCGAAUCCGAAAUCGAGGAGAGGGUAGAACAUCAGCAGCAGCAGACGGAAGUGUUGAUGACCAAUAUUGUUGAAACGUUAGAAAUGAGCGAGCAACAGAUCGAGACCAGAUCCGUGAAGGAUCGUAUGUUCUUGUCGACCGAUUCGACGUCGUGUCUUCUGUUCAGCCAAACCGUGACAUCACCGAUGCUGACGCCCUCCGAGGAGCGAGUCGACUUCAUCAAGGGCUUCCAGAGGGAUUCUCCCCCAGAUACUACCACGAACGAAUCGCCGGCCAGCGAAGAACCGGAACCUGAGGAGGAAAUUGAAGUGGAGGAGGACGAGCAAUCCAAUGGCGACACGCCCAUCCAGCAGGUCGACCUCCUUAAAGAUGUGCCAAACGGACACGAAGCCGACGUCCUCUCUCCAAGCGAUACGAUAACACUUCCAGAAUUGCCCAGUGUCAAAUCUCUGACCAACCAAUACAUAAUGACAGCCGCCACCUCAAAUACCAUAAACACAGACACAGAAAAGACCGACACGGAAAAGGCCGAAGUCCUGAAGAGCCUAGACAUUAUGAAGCAGAUCAGCAAGUUCGAACAGAUCAGCCCUGGAAAUGAGGAAACCAAAUCUAGCUUCAGCAAAUUCGAUGCCCUCCAGAAGAAGAACGUCCUACACGUCCGCUCUACCGAUAGCUCCAAGGCCCAGGAAAAGUUCAAUGGAAACCAAAUCGACAGCAGCAAUUGCAAGUCGUGCGGGAAGAUCGUCUUCCAAAUGGAGCAGAUGAAGGCAGAAAAGUGCAUCUGGCAUAAGAACUGUUUCCGGUGCGCUGAGUGCAACAAGCAAUUGACAGUUGACACCUAUCAAAGUCACGAGGGAACUUUAUACUGCAAGCCGCACUUUCGGGCGCUCUUCGCGCCUAAAGCCGUCGAGGAAGAUGCUCCUCAGAGGCCACGUAAACACGAAAUGAUUAUACGUGAGAAUCAGCCGCAGGAAUUGCCGCCGGAUGUCGUCAGAGCUAGCGACAAACCGGAUUUGGGUCUGGAGGAGCUACAGAGUCUGAACGUGAAGGAACGUUUCCAGGUGUUCGAGCACCAUCAGCAGCAUGAGGACGAGCUUAACCAACUGGAGAGGACGUCUUCUGCUGUUAACGUGAAGAGAUCACCCUCGAUCCUUUCCAAAUUGGCCAGAUUUCAAGCUAAAGGCAUGGACAUCGGUGUAGCUGAUGACUCUUUGAACGGCAUCCCCAUCGAGGAAAGCUCUUCCGAAGAGGAGGAAGAGCAAGAAGAACUCGAAGGAGAAGAUGCCGAUUUGAUCAGAGCGAAGAAGGCGCAGAAGGAGAAGCCCUUCCAUUUCGUCGGGAUGUCGGACGUGAAGAGCAAGUGGGAGCAGGGCGAUCAAAAUGGAAGGGAUGAGAGGCGAGAGGAGAGGAAGCAGGAGAUACAGUCAAUCAGGAACAGGCUGUUCAUGGGAAAACAGGGUAAGAUGAAGGAAGCCUACCAGCAGGCAGUCAUGGAUUCGGAGAUGGGUGCCAACGUGAAGAAGACAGAGACUAUCGAGGUGACGGAUACUCGCUCUCUUAAGGAGCGCUUCGAGAAGGGUCAGCUGCAAUCCGCCGACUCCAAGGAUAAGCAGGACGGCGAAGACAUGUCCGUCUUCGAGAGCGGCAUCAGCAAGAAGUCACGUUCCAUCUUCCUCGAACUCGAUGCGAACGCCUCCAAAGCGCCGCAGCUUUCCCCACUUUCGCCCACCAAAUCCAACGAGCGUAAAGGACGCGAGGUAUUUUUGCAACGGGAAACCUCGGAAGAAGUGGUGAAAUCGACAGAGGCCGUGGAAGACGUGACCGUGCAAACGGCGGACAUUCAACAGCGUUUCAAGUUCUUUGAGACCUACAGGGAACCGGAACAGCAAAGGAAGCAAUUUAGAAUCACGCCGCCGCGCGACGGACAAGUGAAGAUCGACAGUCCGGACCGUGAGGUUUACAGGGAUCCGGACGUAGUGCGAUCCGAGGAGCAGGUAGAGGAUUCGGUUGUUGCCAAGCAGACGCAGACUGCCAAGAAGAUGCUGAACAAAUUCCGACAGAUGGAGGAGGAUCUUAGCAAGGAUCAAGUUCCACUAGGUCCAAAGCCGUUGAAGAGGUUUACUCCGCCGCCGGAACCUAUCAGGUCAGAAUCAGAAUCUGAGGAUGUUUCUGGAAGUGAGGAGGAAUCUGACGAAGAGGAGGACGAUGUGGAUAACGGUGGCAAAGUGGCAGAUGAAGAUCUUUUGGAGGCGCAGAAGGCUGCCAGGGCGAAGCAGCUGAGGGCUAAAUUCGAGAAAUGGGAAGCCAACGAGAUCAAGCGCGAGCAAAACAUGAGCUCCAUCAAUUUGGCAGAGGAACUGGGCGAGGAGCAGUCUCAGGUCGAAUCGACCAAGUCAUUGAGGGCCAGAUUCGAAUCCAUGCGGGAUACUUCCAAGGACGAGAGCAAGGCUCCGCGCGUAAAGGUCAACCGUUUCGUGGUGAGUUUUCAAAAAGCAUAUCAUCUUCCUAUUUAUCCAUAACCCGUUCCAAAUUCA